UCAGAACUAAUUAUUAUCAAUGGAAACAAAGAAGAUAAUAAAAAUGGUAUUAAUUUUAUAAAUGAUCAAAUAAUUCCAACUAAACCAUCAGAAGCAGUACGAUAUCUAGGUGUCUGGUUACAGGAAAAUGGAAAGAAAACCUAUCAGAAAAAACUCAUCGAAGAAAAAAUAGAGUAUUUGUUAACAGAUUAUAUAUACCCAGAAAAAGAAUUGGAAAAAAUUAACGCAAAGAUACGAAUGGUAUUUAGAAGGUCAUGUGGAUACGCAUCUAAACUACCAAAUAAUUUAUGCGGAUGGACUACAAAAGUCAGACUCCAAAAAUUACAAGAUUACAUGUGGACGACAAAAAGUAUAUGGGAAGUAGAAACAAUAAAAAUACAAACGAAUGGAAAAAUUGAAUUUCCAGUUAGGAUUCAAGGGGGAAUUAUAGAUAUAGAAUCAUUUAUGGAUUCAGAAACAUGGUAUCAUAAACAUAGAGAUAGCUUAAGAAAAUAUGGGAUCCUGUAUAUAGAACAACUGUUAAAUGCAGAUUUAAGUAACAUUUUAGAGUUGAAAAGAAUUCAUCAAUAUGAGAUACCACGGAAAAAUACAACUUGGUUAACAAUAAUUAGAAAAGAGGAAAAGUUAAAAGGUAAACUAGUAACCAUAAACCAUCCUACAGGUCCGAUAAUAGGAAAGAUCACUAGAGAACCUAAAAAACACGAUCAAAAAAUCACUAUGCAACACUAUAUACGAGAAAAAAUAGAUGGACAAUUACAAUCUCCUAUCGCAGCAUGUGGUGGAUGCUCAUUAAAAGAACAAAUAACAGAUACAAAUAAUACAAAUGAGAGUGUUGCUUAUUGUUCUAUUACAGCAAAUAUAACAGAAACCAUGUGUAUGCCUAAUGAUAUAAACUCAGGCAGAUUCACUUGGAAAGGAAGAAUAGAAGGUCCACCUUCAUCAACGCGUGCGGAAUUAUGGGGAAUACUCUCAACUUUAUGGGUGAUACCAAACAAUACAGAAAUUCAAAUAUAUACAGAUAGCAACUCCUCAAUCAGUGCAAUCAAAGGAUAUACAGAUAAAAAAAAAGGAAAACAUUGGAGUAACUAUAAAAAUCCACUGAUCUUACAGACUAUCAAGGAAAUUAUAUAUACAAAAAAGUUGGAUCUCACACUUCUAAAGGUAGACGCUCAUACAGGUGACAUGUUUAACGAACAAGCAGAUAGGUUAGCAGGAGAGGGAACUAAUUCAGGAUCGACCUUUAAAAUCAAUCCAAAUUACAUUAGAGAACAACAAUGUCAUUUCAAAUGGAAAGGAGAAAGUAUAGAUACAGAUAUUAAGUCUUUUGUUAAAAAGAAAGAAGAAAUUGAAUCGCUCACGACAUGUUCUAAAAUUACGUCCACAAAAACAGAUACAAAAGACAGUGCAUUAAGAUCCUUUUCACUAAAAUUAUUAAAUGAAGAAUUACCCACAAUGACAACUCUAUACACACGAAAACCUGACAUAUAUACUAAACCAGAAUGCCCCUUCUGUGGAAAAUACAAAGAGACCAACACCCAUGUUUUCCUGUGUUCAGAAAAAGGAAAACAAUUAAAAAUUUCCUUCCGAGCAACAGUAAAAAAGAUAUAUACCAAAGAGAAAGGAAAUAAAGAUUUAAAAGGCUUAAUGGAAAAAAUAACACGUGGACAUUUCAUGAAGAUUAAUCACAACAGACAAGUAUUUGGUACACAACCACAUGACAGAUUUGAAUUCAAUGACUUAAUAAGAGGCCUAAUUCCCAAAUCCUUAUAUAAAAUAAUACGAAGUACCUUAAACUCUGCUGAUAUGGCAAAACAAAUG